AUGUCAUACAAUCCCGAAAACAAGCCUGUGAUCGCUGUGGUAGGCUGUGGGCCUGGGAUUGGCGCAGCUGUUGCGCGGCGCUUCACCUCAGAAGGCUUCGUCGCCGCACUGCUUGCUCGUUCCGAAGACAGCCUCCGGGCCAUAGCUGCCGGUAUCGAUGCUGAAUUUGGCGUGGGCAUAUCGCGGUACUACAUCACUGAUCUGCGCAUCGAGGAAUCUGUCAUCUCGAGUUUCAGAGCGAUUCGCGCUGAAAUAGGACCCGUGCAGGUCCUCGUCUACAAUGCUGGUGCUCGUCGAGUUAAUGGCAGAAAAUUACUAGAUACGACGACGGAGGAGUUUGAAUGCUUCACGAAAAUCAAUCUGUUUGGUGCGUUCUGGUCCACCAAAUGCGUCUUGCCGGAUAUGCUGGACAGAGGACGAGGAACUGUCAUCUACACUGGUGCCACAGGCUCUCUACGCGGGUCACCUGGGCUGAGCAGUUUCUCACCGGGGAAAUUCGGGUUACGCUCGUUGGCGCAAGUUGUCGCUCGCGAAUAUCAAGAUCGGGGUAUUCACGCAUCACACGUCAUCAUCGACAGCCCCGUUGAUGGAAAGCUGAUUGGCGGGGCCAAAAAGCGACAGUGGCAACGAGAGAAUGCAGUUCAGAAAUUGGAGAAUAUUGAAGCACAUCUUUUGCAGCCGACCGACCUUGCUCUUAUGUAUUGGUUUUUGCAUACCCAGCCACGCAGUACUUGGACGCAUGAACUGGAUGUCCGGCCUCAGAAAGAGGACAUGUUCUCCAAGCUUUAG